AUGGCGUGCGCAAGCGACCUCUCUUCCGCCCUUCCGACCUAUCAUCCCCGUCUCCCACCCAACCACUCACUCCUUUCCCUCUCCGCUCCUCCCCCGCCACCCUCCCUGCCGCCUUUCCGCCUCCACUCCGUCUCAUUUUCCCCCUCGCGCGCCUCGUCCUUCCCCCAGGCGUGGGAGGACGCCUACGGGUUGUCGUCCCCCGCGCUGCUGCCGCCGUCGCCGCUCGUGCUGCCAGCGCACGUGCCGGAGGCGCCGCACCUGGUGGACUGCGCGGCGAGCGUGGCGCUCCGGGAGCGAACAGAGGCGGACGAGGAGGGGAGGGCCGCGCCGUGGAGUGGCGCGGAUGGGUGCGACGCGCGACCCGCAUGGGUGCGCGGCCCCUCCAGUGCGAGUGCGCCCAUGACGCGCCGCGUGCAAGCAGACAUUUGGCGCCACCAGUUCCCGCGCGGCCCCUGUGACUCGCACCGCCUGCUGCUCGUCGACUGGUGCCUCCUGCGCUCCGCGCCCUCCUCCUCCCCUGCUGGCGCUGGCGGGGCGGAGUGGGAUGCGCGGGGCAGUGCGGGGGCGUGGAAGGAGGGCAUGGCGUGGCGGGUGCAGGGCAUGGCGGCGCUGCUGGGCGUGGCCAUGGCGCACAACCGCACCCUCGUGCCCCUGCCCCGCUCCUUCCCUGCUGCCUCCGCCAAGCCCUGCUCAGGUGCGCUCGUGGCAGGCGGGGGAGGAGAUUUGAUGAGGUCUAAACUGUCUCAUGGACAACGGCUGCCGCAUUUUGCCUUUCUUCUUAUCUAUACGUUCAUGCAUGCUGUGUGCGGCAAGCUCACUCACCACUCGCCAGCCCGCCUUCCUCUUGGUCCUGUCACGGCUCCCUUCUCUUCACGCCAUCAAGGUCCCUUUUCCCCUCUCUCCCCUUUCUCCCCUCUCUCCCCUUUCUCCCCUCUCUCCCCUUUCUCCCCUUCUCCCCUUCUCCCCUUUCUCCCCCGUCUCUCGCAUCUCCCCCUUUUCCCUUUUCUCCCCCUUCUCCCCCUUCUCUUCCUUUUUCCCUUUCUCCCCUUUCUCCCCCUACUCCCCCUUCUCCCCAUUCUUUCCCGUGUCCCCUUUUCCCCCUUCUCCCCCUUCUCCCCGUUCUCCCCCUUCUCCCCUUCUCCCCCUUCUCCCCCUUCACCAGAGCAACAGCAGGAGGCGGACUGGGCGUGUUUCUUUGCGCCCAUCACAUCAUCCGCGUGUGCGGCGUCAGCAGCAGCGCGCAUGGCGGGCAAGUGCACGGGCAGUGCGGACGUGGAGGGCGCAGCCAAGGGCGCGGACGACGUGGUGUGUGUGGGGGAGGGCGCGGAUGGGGAUGCGCUGCUCACCCACGUGGACGUCAGCCGGUGGGGCAACCCUCACAAGGAGGGUGCAUACUCUCUUCUGGAGAAUGAUGAAGCCACAAGUGUAAACGACACACAGCUUAAGGCGAACUGGUGGCGAGCGCAGGCAGUGCGCUUCCUGCUGCGCUGGCCGUCGCUGCACCUGUGCCACGUGGGCAACAUGCAGCGCCAUGCAGCGCUGGGCAUGCAUGCAGCAGCGCGCCUUGCAAUCUUCACAGGGGACCAGGCCAACCUGCUGCACUCCGUCUCUGCCAAGGCUGCUGCUGCCGCUGCUGCCAAGGCAGGGGCAGGGGACCCCGCACAGGCUUACUUUAACAUGAGCCGUGAAGCGGAGGAGAUGCACCGUGUGAUUGAAUCCAAGGGUCCAGAUCUGCGCACUGAGGUGUGGGUGGCAGCUGAUCAGCAUAUCCCUCUGAGCAACUUUACAUGUGCGGUUGCCGCUGCUGCUGCUGCUGCAAAUGAUACCACUGCUGCUGCUGCUGCCGAAGCUGCCGCUGCUGCUGUUGGUGCCGCUGCUGCUGCAGCUGCAGCUGCCGCUGCUUCUGCAGCUGUUGCUGCCUCUGCUUCUGCGGCUACUGCUGCCGCUGCUGCUGCUGCUGCUGCUCCUGCUCCUGCUCCUGCUCCUGCUCCUGCUUCUGCGCCUGCACCUGCACCUGCUGCAGAGGUGCCUAGAGUGAACGAGUUAUACGAGAAGGAUUUGCUGCAGCUUGCAGCAGAGCCAUACAUGGUUCGACCAAUCACAGGCGUCCACAUGUCCAGUGCCUUGUUAGGCCUUUCAAAUCCCAGUGGUGUGGGGGUGACAGCAGCAGGCGUGGAUGAGGCAUCAGCAGUGAGUGGAGUGUUCAUGUUUCAUGUGAAUCGAAUGAGGCGCUACUCCCUUGACAUGCGCCAUGUGUGGAUGGACACCGACUCACAGCCCUUCUUUGAUGCAGUGCUCGCUUUCUCUGACUUCACAAUCCUGCACUCGCGGCAGCACCAGCAGUCUGAAGCAGCUGGUGGUGGCAACAAAGGCGGGGAAGUGACAGCAGCACACCACCUGGCGCACCUCAUCAUGUCGUCACAGUGUGACCGCUUUGUUGGCUCACUCUCGUCUCGCUGGACACAGCUUAUCCACGACCUCAGAUGCACCAAUGGACGAGCAUACGCAGGAGAUGUUGCUGUUUCCUUGGAUUGA